AUGAAUCUCCGCCUAAUUUUAGCAUUGGCCUCGUGUCUCCUCCCAGCUCUUUCCAGCACCAUAUGUGUGGAAAACGACUGUUACCCGGAGAUCUUUGAGGCCACCCACGAGUGGCAAAUUGUCAAGGAAGGUCAGCACAUUCCAGCUGGUCUCCAUGUCAGGAUGAACUUGGAGCUGAACCAGAGAGAGGCUAAAUUGCUUGAUGGCAACGAAGACGAAAACGCCGCUUUGGCUGUUGUGGAAAACGAAGAGGAACAGGAGGCGUUGAAGGACCAGAUCAAAGAGGCCUUGGAUAGAUACAAGAGCCAGAAGAAGGAGUAUAAAAGGAGCACUGUUGACGAGGGAGAACUUAGCGAUUUUGGCUCUGCCGUCAAGGAAAUCGUGUCUUUCAAGUCGGAUUUGGGCAGAGCAGAGCGGGCUCUUGAAACCCUUGCUGAAUUGGCCCACGAUAGAGAGUUUGGUGUUAGACUUACGCAGAAUUCUGAAGCUUUCGAGAAGAUCCAUCAGAUUGCGCUUGAGGUGGAUGAUUCCCAUAUCAAAGAGCGCUGCUACAGCGUUUUGGCUGCCUCGUUGAGAAACAACCCCGAAGCUGUAGGCAACGUUUUGCAAAACCAGCCCUCGCUUUUUGUGGAUACGCUUUUCGGGGUCAUUCGUGACAGCGACACCAGCGACGUGCUUCAGAAGCGUAUUUUGGGUGUUUUCCAAGGCCUCGCCUCCAAUGCCAACUUUGCCCAGCAGAGAUUGGGCGAUUUGAUCUCGGUAUUUCCCGAUUUGGGCCAGCAGGCCAAGGACAGAGUUGCUGUGAUCCUCGAGGACCUUCAAUUGGCUGAAGCAGCGGAAAAGGCAGACGAAACGGUUUCGAACUAUAUCCAAAAGACUCUUUCUGACGCCAAGGCCGUUUCUGAGUCGCAGUUCAAGCUGUACUUCAGAACGCUUGCUGCCCUUCAUGAGAAGCGUGUACUACAGCCAUCAAAGCAGUUCCUUGCCUGGCUUGCGGAGGAGGUUGAGAAGAGAAAGAGCGGGAGCGAUGCCGAUUCAGCUUUUAACAAGUUCAUGGUCGAGGCUCGCCAUACGAUAUUUGGCAAUCCAAACGCCGCCCGGAAGGCCGAUGAGCUUUAG